UUCACAGCUCUGCCGGUCGAUGUUAAGAUGUUGUACAUAUCAGCUUUGUCUGUUAGCGGCUCACUCUCACACACACACUCAUUUAAACUCAUAGCUCCGGUCCGCUUCAUUCACAGGCCUGCUCAGUUAUGAACAUGACGCCGUUUUUAGCGAGUUUUAUUUAUUUGGCGCUGUUGUGUAAUGUUAGUAGGAUCUGCUGUGAUAAUGACACAGAAGAGGAUGAGCACGCCAAACACACAUACACGGUGGAGAUGUUCAAUGAUGCCGUCUCUACUGCUCCACACUUCGUCAUGUUCUACGCGCCCUGGUGUGGUCACUGUCAGAGGCUGCAGGGGGCGUGGAAUGAGUUGGCAGAUAAAUAUAACAGUAUGGAAGCUCCUCCAGUGUAUGUUGUGAAAGUCGACUGCACAAAAGACACAAAGUUUUGCUCCAGUGAGCAUGGGAUCCGUGGAUACCCCACUCUGAAGUUGUUUAAACCUGACCAGGAGGCUGUAAAGUAUCAGGGCCCAAGAGAUCUGCAGGCGCUGGAGAGCUGGAUGCUGAAAACCCUUCAGGAGGAACCUGAAGAACCCCAGACUGAACCCGAGCCUCCCAAAGUCCCUGAACCCAAACAGGGCCUGUAUGAACUCACAGCCACAAACUUCAAUUCACACAUCUCUAAAGGUUCUCACUUUGUGAAGUUCUUUGCACCAUGGUGUGGGCACUGCAAAGCCAUGGCUCCAACAUGGGAACAGCUCGCCACCAGUUUUGAGCAUUCAGACAGUGUCAAGAUCGGCAAGGUGGAUUGCACACAGCACUAUGAGGUGUGUUCAAAUAAUCAGGUUCGUGGUUAUCCCACGCUGCUCUUCUUCACUGAUGGAGAGAAGGUUGAUCAGUACAGAGGAAAGCGUGAUCUGGACUCAUUUAAAGAGUUUGUUGAUAAUCACGUAAAAGCUGCUGAAUCUAAAGAUGAACCUGCGAAAGAGGAGGAGCACGCUCACGAAAUCCCACCUAGCGCUGAACCUGAAAAACAAGAGUCUAAUGUUCUGGUAUUGACUGAGAGCAACUUUGAUGAGACUGUUGCCAAAGGACUCUCCUUCAUCAAGUUCUAUGCUCCAUGGUGUGGUCACUGUAAAAACCUGGCCCCUACCUGGGAGGAUCUAUCUAAAAAGGAGUUUCCUGGUCUGACUGAUGUGAAGAUUGCUAUAGUGGACUGCACCGUGGAGAGAACGCUCUGCAACAGAUACUCUGUGCGUGGAUACCCAACUCUCCUGAUGUUCCGGGCGGGGCAACAGGGGGAGGAGCAUAAUGGAGGGCGGGACUUAGAGAGCUUGCACAAUUUUGUUAUGAAGCAAGCGAGAGAUGAGCUGUAACUCCUCCCUCAUUUUCCAUCUCGCAACACAUCCUCCACAAAGCAACACUAUCUACAUUUACCAUACUGUCAAAUGGACUGCUUUUUCUUCAUUUCUGUCCCUCACCUGCUAAAGUGAGCAGUCUUUUCCACAUGACAAAAUGUGAAUGUACACGAUUUCAUCUCUGAUCAGUUGAUGAGAUUAUUAGCGAUUACAACCACAGACUUUUGAUUUUACCCUUUCUCCAUUAAAAUAACAGCAGUAUGAUUUAAACAAUGACACUGUUAAGAUCAUUACAUCAUUUAAGGUGCGUAUUUUGUCAGUUAUAUUUGAGGAAAUUCAGCUUAGUUUGCUAUCAGCUAAGAAAAUAUGACCUCAGGGAGACCAUGUACCCUUUAAAGAAAACCAUGACAUGCACCUGCUGUGAUUUUUUUUAUUUUUUAUUUUUUCCCCUCCAUUCAGUGUAAAAUACUAUAUGAUACACACUUGCAAACAGCACUUUGACCAUGCACAUGGUUUUUCUGUUGGAGUUUCAAAUGUUUCUGUUGGGGUCUUAGGUUUUGAAAUGGUUGUAUCGUUCAGAAGAUAAAACAAUUAUUAAAUAAACCAGACUAAGGUAGUUUGUUAGCCAGACUGGGAGACCUGCUUAAACCAGCCAAGAUUCAGAUAAUAAUAAUAAUCAAACCAGGCCAGUCUUAACAAGUUUGAUGGCCAGCAAACCACAUUAGGCUGGUUUAACAUCUUUGGUUAAUUUGUCAUAUAAAGCUUCUUAAUAUUCUUAUAGGCAUAUGAAUGGGGUAAAUACAUUCAGACAUAUCCCCAAUAUUGCCAUUAUGUAAUACUUUUUGUAAUUUCUCAACACUCAGCAAAGUAAGACGAUGCAAAAUAGAUCAUUUGUUGCUGUAUAAUGACGGUUUAUGGAAAUAUGGUUUACUUACAGUAGAGGCUGUGAAAGGUUGAAACGUUUAUGGUACAG